ACAAUCUCAGGUUCUGAUGCAAUUGCUUACAUAAAGUGCGCCGGAACAGGGCUUCCCCCUGGUGCCUUGUGAGGCCUCACCUGGAUACGAGUGCAAAAAAAUCAUUCUCUCGUUUCCACCAUUGAUGGAGGGACGGUGACGGUAUCCGGACGCUCUUUUUUCCAGAGGUAUACUUGUGUCUGGACAGCGGCUUUGGUGAGGACGAGGUUGGAGCAGCAAACUGGACGAAGACUUCCGACCCCUGAGAGUCCCUAUAUUUCUCUCCAUCCGCGUCCGCCGAGGUCACAUGGCUCGCUCGACAAUAUAGGUAAGCAAGGUAAGCAAUGCCAAGCACAAUGUCGAGCUACACGCCAAUCGAUCACAGCGAUGCAGUCGGCACUGUUGUUCAUGGGACUGGUUACAAUGUAAACACUCCUCAUAAUGAGCCUUCUCAUGAUCGAGCUCGCCCACGAGCCUUCAGUAGAGAAGAUGAACAGUCACUUCAGGAUGUCCUUCCCACGAAGAAGGCGAAGGAAGUCGUUACAUGGAGGAGUCUGCCCCAUAAACGUCAAUUGACAAUCUUGACCCUUGCCAGGCUUUCAGAGCCGUUAGUUCAGAGUUCUCUGAGAUCCUAUCUCUUCUACCAACUCAAGUCUUUCGACAGGACCCUCCCUGAUUCUGUCAUUGCCUCCCAAGCGGGUGUUAUGCAGGGAGCGUUUGCAGCUGCCCAACUAUGCACGGCGAUGUUAUGGGGGCGCUGGUCUGACAGGAGAGGACGCAAAAGAAUCCUCUUGAUAGGACUUAUGGGAACCAUGAUUUCAUCGGUUGGAUUCGGCUUCUCAACGACCUUCUGGCAGGCUUUGAUCUUUCGGAUGAUGGGUGGCGCCCUGAAUGGGAAUGUCGGUGUCAUGAGAACUAUGAUUAGUGAAAUAAUUCGGGAGAAGAAGUACCAGUCAAGGGCUUUUUUGCUACUGCCCAUGUGCGCAAACAUUGGGGUGAUCAUUGGUCCAGUAUUGGGAGGCAUGACUUCUGACCCAGCUGCCAACUAUCCCCACCUAUUUGGAGGGAUCAAAUGGCUGGAGAAGUUUCCAUAUUCUCCACCAAAUCUUCUAAGUGCUAUAUUCCUGAGCUCUGCAGCCCUUGCCGUGUUUUUCGGCUUGGAAGAGACCCACGAGUUAUUUAGAGAUAGAAAGGAUGUUGGGCUAAAAGUCGGGCGCCAAAUAGCAGCCUUCUUUCGACGACUCGUUGGGAAGGGUAGCAAAGUCGACCGCGGAGGCUACAUAGCUAUUGUUGGCGGAGAACAAGAGCUCCUGGAUGGAGCGCCUCCACUAACAGCCAAACCGCAGAAGCAGGUAGCGCCUCGCUAUCCAAGCAGGCUCCCAUUCAGACGCAUCUUUACCCGCAACGUUAUCAACACUUUGAUAGCCCAUGGUCUGCUUGCUGGCAUAAACGGAACCUUUCAAUCGAUCUGGUACUCUUUUCUCUCUACACCCGUCUAUGACCCCGGUCAUCCCUAUCCACCGAAUUACAAACCCCAUCCGCCACUCCGUUUUAAUGGCGGCAUUGGUCUCCCGCCUCGCUCUGUGGGUAUGGCCAUGGCAAUCCUAGGCACCAUUGGCAUUACUCUCCAGCUCUUCAUCUACCCAGUAAUCAAUGCCCGGAUCGGUACCGUACGGAGUUGGCGCAUCUUUCUUUACCUCUUUCCAGUCGCCUUUAUACUGAUUCCGUUCCUUUCUCUUAUUCCCUCCACGACACCUCCUCCAAGUCAAAAGACGGGGUUCACGAUUUGGGCCGCGCUUACUGCCUUAUUAUUUAUCGUAACAAUCGCCCGGACCUUCGCUACUCCUGCUUCAACUAUUCUAAUCAACAAUUGCUCCCCACACCCUUCUGUGCUCGGUACGAUUCAUGGGAUAGGGCAGAGUGCGAGCUCAGGAGCGAGGACGAUUGGGCCUGCUGUGGGAGGAUGGCUAUAUGGCCAAGGACUCGAGAAAGGCUGCGUAGGGGCUGUAUUCUGGGUAUUGGCUGGAAUGGCAAGUGUCUGCUGCAUUUCAAGCAACUUCGUGAAAGAGGGCGAUGGACAUGAGAUUCGACUUGAGGGUGACGAUGAAGCAGAAGAGGAGGCGGAGAGGAUAAAUAGGGAGCUAAGAGGUGUGAAUUAGGAGAGGAUCAGCUACUCAGCUGCAACUUGAAGGGCGAGCUUCAAAGGCCUUGGGACGAGUACCGAAUAUAGGACAGUGAGGUCCUCACUCUCCAUCCUAGCUAGAUCCAAGGCUUUUGGAUUGUAGGAGCUGUGAAUGUUCUACGUGUAGAUGUAGAUUUGAUACCUUAGAAUAUAGAGUCCAGACACGAAUCAUGGAUUUUAGUUGUCCC